AUGAGACACCAGCUGAACCAGCAAACCAGCGUUUGUAAUGGUUUCCCAUUGGCUCUGCAGCUGCUGGCGUUGGAAGCCAUUCCGCUUCUUGCCCAGAAAAUCCCCGACCCCGGAAACCUGAAUACCUUUCUGACUGAUCCGAAACCCAAAAAGAAUACUAUUACUAUUCUUCAUCUGAAUACGAUUGUGGACGUGGAACGCGAUCCUAACAUAAGUGUCGACCAACCUAAAUCGCUUUUAAUGUCUUUUACUUUGGAGGUGUUGUGUUCGUAUGACGAGGAUGAACCGGAGGAGGUGCAGUGGGAUGAUGAAGUGGUCGAUGAAAAAGUUGAAUACUUACUGAAACUCAAGAGGGACGGUUACAAGUUUAAGAAGUCUGAUUUCAAAGGCGGAGACACACCUUUGUUCCCAUCGUAA